AUGGCCGGAAGCACGACCUGCAUUCUGCGUCCAAAUGUCAACGUCGGCCAGACGGCGAUUGCAAUGACCGACGACAGGACCUUGCUCGAUGCGCUCUUCGUGCACCUCGACGGCAACAAGGACAACCGGGUGUGUGUCGACGACUUGGCCGGCGCGGUGCGUGGCCUCCCGCUCGCAACGGCGUGGCAGCUCAUCACCGAGAUGGACAGCACGGGUGACGGCUUCGUGCCACGCGACCAGUUUUGCAGCGUGUUGUCGAGCCUUGUUGCCACCGACGCGACGGCAACGCCCGAGGCGUUUAGCUGGGUUGGCAUUUACAAAGCCUUUGAGCGCCGCCCGCCUUCGCCGCGCACCGAGACACCAUUGGAUGCACCACCGAAGAUUCCAACGACGCGCGCGCCGACCGUGGACAAGCACGCGGAGCUCGCCCGUGAGAUCUCGCGCCGCCGAUCCAGCAAGAAGGACAGUAGUGCGUCCGAGGCGUCGCCCAUGAGCAGCCCGAGUGCCUCGCGUCACUCGAUGUCGUCGAUCGACGACGCGCCGCGUACGAGCUUGUCCAAAUCCUUCGUGUGGCCGCCGCCGGCGUCCGCGCCGGUGCCGCGCCGCCGGUCGCUGGUCAAGUCCGCCUCGGACAGCAGCUUCCCGACGCACUUGGUCUCCGACACGCUCGUGGCCGUGCCAACGUACGGCGCGUCCAAGAACGUGGCGCUUGUCGUCGCCAAGCGCAGUACCUCGACGAGUCCGCGCGCGCGGUCGUCCGUCUCGGUGGCGUCGCUCCAAGCCCAAGUGCUCGAGACGCUCGAUGCAAUCCGCGUCGCGUGCAACAGCUGGACCGACGCCGAUGCGGCCACCGCCACCAAAGUGCACUUGCUCUUGCGCCACGUCGACACGAUGCUGUCGCUCAAGACGUUGCCGGCGCAGAUUGGCGCGGCGCUCCGGGGCUUCGACAAGUCGGCGCUCGCCAGCGUGGGCAACCGGCAGCACGCGACCGUCUCGAUCCAGCAAGUGCAGCAAGCGACCAAGAUCCGUGCGUUCCGAAAGCAAGUGCUUCGUCAAGUCAACCCGAACGUGCCCGACCACGUGGCGACGCUCACCGAGCUCUUUCCCGAUUUGCUGCCCGACACGAUUGCGCAAAUGUACGGCGCAUGCGCGCAGGACCUCCAGAGCUGCUUUGACGUGCUCUCGGGUCUCUCGGACUACACGGUGCUCGAGAAGCAGCUCUCGCCCAAGCAGGCCACCUUUGGCAAGCCAGCAUGCUUUAGCGACUCGGAGAGCGACGACGACCCGCUUCUGUCGCCGUCCAACAAGGACUCUGCAACGCCGAUGCUCGCGAAUACGUUCUUCUGUGUGCCUGUGACGCCGGCGCCAACAGCGGCCCACAAGGCGCAGAUGACGGACGCGCUCAAGGACUCGCUUGUGGCCGCCAUGGUGCGCUUCGAAUCCAGCCAGGAUUUCGAGGGCAUCAUGAACGGCUUUGAGACGGUCGUGCGCGGCCUCUCGAUCGACACGUCGCAUCGGCGCGACAUUUCCAUCUACCCGCUCCUCAAGCACGGCCUCAAGCGGCUCCUCACCUUUCGCCAAAGCCGCAUUUUCGAGAUCCUCGACGCCAAGCAAAAGUCCCAUGCGCUCUACAAGAGCCACGCGGCAGCGGCGCGGCGUGUGUGCAUUGUGGGCGCAGGCCCUGUUGGCUUGCGCACGGCGAUCGAGCUCGCGCUUCUCGGCGCGCAGGUCGUCGUGCUCGAGAAGCGGCCGUCGUUCACGCGGGAAAACAUCCUGCACCUCUUUCCGUGGGUGGUCCACGACCUCACGAGCCUCGGUGCCAAGGCCUUUUACAGCCAAUUUUGUACCUCGUCCGUCUACUUCCACGUCGGGACGCGCCAGCUCCAGUGCAUUUUGCUCAAAGUCGCGCUCCUCCUCGGCGUCACUGUCCUUGGCAACACGAGCUUUGAUGGCGUCAUGGCAACCGACGGCGGCUACUGCGUGAACGCGACGCCGGCGCUGCCGUCGCACUUGCAGCACGUGUCGGCGGUCGUCGGGGCCGGUGGCAUGUACGACACGGUCGGCGCGCUCGCCAACAUUCAGCGCAUUGCGUUCUCGCCGAGCCCGGCGUACGGCGUGUUGGGCUAUGUGGCCAACACGCGCACUCGCGAGGAGAGCCAAGUGUCGGAGUUUUCGUGGGGGUACCAAUACAACCAGAAAAUGUUUGGCGAGCUCCGGGACCUCGGCCUCGACUUGGAGAACGCUGUCUACUACCGCGGCGAGGUCCACUACGUCGUCAUGACGCCCAAGGCCAAGAACUUGCUCGAGCAAGGCGUGUUGAAGCAGUCGAACCACACGCCGCUUGUGCACCCCGACAACAUUGACGCGACGAAGCUCCGGCAGUUUGUGACAAAAGCCUUCGAGUUUUUCAAGAUUCCGAUGCAAGGCCCGCUCGAAGGCGCCAACGUGUUCGACUUUAGCCGCACCCUUCGUGCGGAAAAGGCGUCGGACGUGCUUACGGACGGCGCCGCCAAGCUCUACGUGGCGCUCGUUGGCGACGCGCUCAUGGAGCCGUUCUGGCCGCAAGGGCUUGGCAUCAACCGCGGCUUCCUCUCUGCCCUGGAUACGGCCUAUGCGAUCACGCAGCUCGACACCAAAGACGACGCAGUGCUCUUGGCCGAGCGAGAGAGUCAUUACAAGCGGUCGGCCGCGCUCCAGCUCGACAGCAACAUUCAAAAGUACACGAUCGAGCCCACGUCCCGCUAUGGCCCGCUCUAGUCCCAUCAAUCUAUUCGAUCGUAGAGUAGCAGAUGGUAGAAUUAUAGACUGUAGAUAGUAGAAUUGCAGAUAGUUAGUGCACAUAUUCCCUCGGAAAACUUAAAGAGUCGUAAACGUAGAUUAAUUAAGGUUCAAAGCUCGC